UUCGGUAUUUUCUCGUGCUUUCUUCAUUUUACAUAAAACUUAUUUAUUAUUUUUCAUUCUGUUCCGGUCAUUUCAUCAACCCCAACCUGAAGUGGAUCGCACUUCAUAAUUCAAAAAUCCUAGCACAAGCAUAAGCACUAUUUUAAGUAAAAGACCGCAUAAUCUUCUUCUUAUUUUCGCAAUCUUACUGCACACGAUAAAUUUCACAUCAUAAAUCAUAUCCCCGUGCUGGGACAGUUUAUCGAUAAUAUAUGUAUUUUCCAUGGCAGCUUAGAUACACUACAUUAACAUGACGAUCCACACUCCACCUGUUUGACAAUAUGCCCCACUGAACUUUGUUACAUGUCUUAAGUAUUAUGCCUUGCGUUCAUAUUUGUUGUCAGCAUUAGGAAGUUGUAAACUAAAACAAUUUUCUCACAUUUUGCUUCCCUUAAAAUUUUUAGACCUGCAUUGGACUUUAUGAUGUUUAUGUUAUUGAAACGAGCUAGAAAACUGGGUCAGUUGUCGUAUCUUUAUUGUCCGUCAUGUGGAUUGUCAUCCAAGGCAUCAAAGGCGUUUGGGUUUGUAAAUGAAGGAACCCCAUCUUCGUCAGUUGAAUAUAAGAGGAAUGUUGGGAGUGGUAGUGGUAGUAGUAGCUUUCAUCCUUUUUCGUUGUUAUCGGACAGUUGGGAUAAUGUGAAGGAUUACAAGAUUGAGCUUGUUGAUAAUCAAACUUGGGGGGUUUCUUCUGGUUUGGCAGAUGCUUGGAAAGGUGGUGGACAGAUAAAGGAUUUGAGAAAUGAUGUGGUUGAUGAGUUUGAAACGUAUGUACCGUCGAACAAUAAUGACCAGGAUUUUUAUGAUAUUGAGGAGAUGAGGAUACGAGGAAAUCUUUUUUACAAGCUUGAUAAGGAUUCUAAAGAGUAUGAGGAGUACAAUCAUGAGUUUCUUAAGAAAAAAUCUUCUAAGAAUAAGGAUGCUCAGAACGAAAAAAAGAAGGAAAAACAAAGUCAUGAUUCCAGUCCUAUUGCUGACAAGUCUUCUAAGAAUAAAGAUGGGCAAAAGGACAGCAAAAUGAAGAUGAAUGUGACUGAUUUUUCUGUUCGAAGUGGGAAGCUAGAUAACGUCAAUGAGAAUUAUCAUCUGACAUCUUCCCUCGCUGAUAUUCACGGGCUUCGUGAUGGAAAAAAGUUAAGGACUCCCACGUUUAAUCAACUCACGGCCGCUUAUCAUGAACCAUUUUGUUUGGACAUAUAUAUAUCGAAGGCUUCUGUACGUGCCUGCAUUGUGCACCGAGCCACUAGCAAAGUUGUUGCUGUCGCACAUUCAAUAUCCAAGGACAUGAAAUUUGACUUGGGAUCAACGAGGAAUGCAACUGCGUGUGCUGCUGUGGGAAAAGUCUUAGCUCAAAGAGCCUUGGCUGAUGAUAUUCACAAUGCGGUCUAUACACCAAGGAGAGGAGAAAAGUUGGAAGGUAAACUCUUAGUUGUACUUGAGUCGGUUAUUAAGAAUGGAGUUAAUGUUAAGGUCAAAAUUAAGCAAAGAAAAUUCACGAAAUCUGGCAUUGCACCUGCUGCUAAAAACUUCAACACUGGUUCAGUAUCCCGUCAAAUAUAGUCUUCAUCUGAAAUUGGUGUUUAAUCAUCUUACUGGUUGAUUUAGUGUUCCAUUAUGAAGAUACAUGCAAGUUUGUUAUUUGGAAUUCGCUCUAUAUGUUGGCGCUUAAUGGAGUACCUAAGCUUCUGUACCUAUUUCAAGGAUAUUAUUACCUCCCCUUAUCAUCAUGAAAAAGAUAAUUAAUUCCGUAUCCGGCCAAGAAAACUUGAGAAAGAAGCGAAUGACUAUAUCUUCAGUACUGUUUUCGUUUUCUCCUUUCUUUCAACCAAGCAACCAUCCAUGAUACUUGGCCAGAUUUUAACUUGGUGUUCUCGCAUAAUCUGGUGGUGAACUGAAUCUUGAUAAUUUGUCGCAGUAACUGUAGGACAUCAUUUGUUCAGGUAUAAUUUUUACAAGUGAGCAUGAUUUUUCUUGUAAUUGUUGUGGAUGUAUGUAUGUAUUUCAGUCAAAAAAUUAAUGAUGAAUAAACAUUUCUUUUUCCCAAUGUGAUAUAAAAUCUGUCAGUAAGAAUAUUGGAUUCAAGCUUAUGCAAAAUGAAGUUAUUGCAUUAUUUCACAGUCCUCCCCAUUAGAACAAUUGAAAUCUUGACUUUCUCUUUAGAAUCAUAUAUGCCUUCAUAUAAUCUUGCCUUCUCCCUGUUUAUGUUGGACAAGUUAGUACGUUUAUCAUUUAGCAAAAAAAGAAAAAAAGUUAGUACGUUUAUCUGAAGUCUCCUUACUAGAAUAUUUAGAAGACGACUUCUAUCAGAAACUUGCAAACUGUCAUCUUCUGUCAAAUGCUGUCAUGUAAUCUCUUGUAAAUAUCAUCAUUUCUGCUUUCUCAUCUAAAUAUUCCUUAUAAACUGUGAAUCAAAUUCUCAGUUUUUAUUUUAUAUUCCUCUUUCUAGUUGAUGAGGUAAUACUGUCUGUUUGCCUACGGAUGGUUACUUUUCUUUAUUAUCAGGAUUUCGGGGGUCAAAAGAACAACACUAAUAUUUGUUUCACAAGAGGCUCCAGCUCCUUAUCUUGUUCAUUGACUAAGAGCUCUAGCUCUUGACUAAUGAGCUGAAACCCUUCUUUCACUGACAGGUGAUUCAUUUUAUUCUUGUGCUUGACGGUACACAAAUCUCACCAUGAUUUACAUAAAAUGCACAUCAGCUCCUCUGGACUCAAAGCUGCACUUAAUUUCUUAUAUUUAGUGAAAAGAAGAAGAAAGUUAAUAACAUAAGAUGUAGAACUGACAACAGAAGAAGAAUUAGGAGGGUUGGGUUGCGGAGAUGAGGAAAUCAUCUUGAUGACAGACGAUCGGACUAGGAAGGAUGUAAUCAUGCAGAGGAAAACCCAUACUGUAUCUAGAAAAGAAGUAAAGAAGUCUUGACUAAACUGAUUACAGAGCUCAGAACUUAGAGAGAUUGCUACAAAGAAAUAACUAUCUGUAUAUAUUGCAACUACUGUAUAAGGCCAGUGAUCUAGGAAACCUAGAAUUACCAGUUUAACUUUAUAUUUGUCCAACACCAUUUUACCAUUUGCAAUCUAAACCCUUACAAUAAGAGUGAUCAGACAGAAUCUUAAUUACAUCAUCAUUCAUCAAAUGAGUGAUGAUAAACUAAAGAGUGCAACACAGAGGGGCAAAAGAGCAUUAAGCAGUAUUCAUAUCUUCCCUUCAAAUUCUCAAAACAAGUUCACAUUAUUAUACUCCACCACAUUGAUCUACAAAUUCAGAAACUAUUAAUCAGACACCAAGCACCACAAACUCAGUCAUUUGCAGUAGCUAACUGCAUUGCCAGCAGCUCUUCCUCGGGUAUAGUCUUAAUAUGACAAUCAGAGCGAGGAUACGCUGCGCACAGCAAAGCAAAUCCCCUUUCGACAACAUCAUCACUAAGCAUUCCUUCACUUUGAUCAACUUUUCCGCUGAUAAGUUGAGCAGGACAGGUCAUGCAAACUCCAAGGUUGCAAUCAUAUGGUACCGUCAUGCCUUCAUCCAAUGCCUUUGUUAAUAUUGUCUCAUCAGGCUCAACUUGAAGCUCAGUAGUCUUGCCCUCAUGCUCAAUUGUCACCUUGUAAGACUUGAUGGUAGUAAUGCUCCGGUAGCCGCGGCGAAGGCGUGGCUGUACAUGCUGGUUUAGCUGCACUGGAGGAAGAAAGGAGGAUUGUUUUUUAGAUGAUGUGAAAGUGAAUGAAGGAGAGGUUGUGAAGUGGAGAGUUGCCAUGGGUAAUGAGAGUUGGAAAAA